UUUGUUCACUAAUGGUCUCUGUAGCAACAUCCGUUCCAGUAAUACCAUCCGCCAGGUCGGAAGCUCUUUGCGCUUCGCAACGGGUCGAGUUUUCCAGAAAAGAACAGAGGUCUUAAAACCAGCAAGCCCAGUGCCACUUCGGAAAAUAGUUACCAACAGAAGAUUGUUUCUGAUAAAAUAUAAUUUAAUUGUUCAGCUAACGGUGGUGUUUUUUUUGGCAGUAUUUAACCCACGUUAGCUGGGUGGUUAAAAGUUACUGACUAGCUAAUGUAGCUAACUGUCUCAUCACAUUUUUCUCUUUUUGGUUUGUUACUUGCAACCGAAGUACAUAGUAUUUGGCUAGCUGACGUUAGACAGCUUCAGGGAAUCAACUGACGAGCUUGUUUUUCAGUAACUUAAGCUGGGUAAUACAUAACGAUAGCUGCUGAAGGUAAUACUAGUAAGUGUCAUCAUGGCGAAAUGGGGAGAAGGGGAUCCACGCUGGAUCGUGGAGGAGAGAGCCGAUGCAACAAACGUUAACAACUGGCAUUGGACUGAACGUGAUGUGACCGGCUGGUCAACAGACAAGCUGAAGGAACUCUUAUUGGGUCUGCGUGUAGAGGGCCCGGAGGGGAGCUGCGAGGUCACCGAUGUCCCCAAGCUGGACGGCGAGGCAUCCAUCAACAAUCGCAAGGGGAAGCUCAUCUACUUCUAUGAAUGGAACGUUACAGCAACAUGGACUGGAACAUCAAAAGCUGGAAUCAAGUACAAAGGGAAUAUCUCAGUUCCAAACCUCUCAGAUGAAAAUGACAUGGAUGACCUAGAUAUAAGUGUGUCGCUUUGCAAGGAUGAACCUAACACACCGCUCACUGAACUCAUGAAGAAGGAGGGGGUGAAGAAAGUGCGAUCUGCAUUGGGGAGCUAUGUGGACCAUCUGAAAUCAGAGUUCACUCAGGGCAUGAUCCUUCCCACGGUGAAUGGGGUGGUGAGCAACCCACAGCCCUCUCAGACACAGACAAAGGUCAAAUUGGACAAAACCCAGAUUGGCCCCUCCGUCUCAGCCCCCUCUCCCAAAACAGGGGUCAAGGUCCCUACCUGCAAAUUUAGUCUCAAGGAGACCUUCCUGACCUCACCGGAUGAACUGUACAAUACCUUUAUCAACAAAGAUAUGGUUCAGGCCUUCACCCAUUCUGCAGCUGUGGUUGAUGGAGUCAAAGGAGGGAAAUUUCAGCUGCUGGAGGGAAGCGUCAGUGGAGAUUUUACUGAGCUGGUUCCAGAUAAAAAGAUUGUUAUGAAAUGGAGAUUCAAGACCUGGCCUCCUGAGCAUUAUGCUACUGUUACCCUGAAAAUGAAGGAUCAAGGCAGCGAGACAGAGUUAAAGCUGGAAUGUGACGGAGUCCCAACGGGAGAGGAGGAUAGGACGAAGGAGGGCUGGAAGAGGUACUAUUUUGAAGCCAUCAAACAGACUUUUGGAUAUGGGGCGCGGCUCUACUGAGACUGACUCCUAUGAAUCAUGUUAAAAAGAGAACCUGGUUAUUUAAUGGGGAUGAGUGCACACCUUUAGCGCAGUCACUCUCGUAGCAACAGCCCUAAAGCGUGCAUAGACAAACAGUGACUCUUAUACAAAAGACUGUAUGGAAGACUGGCUGUCUGAGUUUGGCUAAUUGGUUCCUGGCUUUGAUGUAUAGGAUUACCUCACUCAAAUCAGUAUAUGUGCUGCUGACAGUAUUUAAAAUGUGGAGAUUGAUUGUUGAUCAUACAUUUUAAAGUGUUUAAAGCUGAAAUAAAUUUUUACGGAAUUAUGUUUUGGGGAUGUAAUGAGGACAGAGUGUGCCAGAUGACUGACAAAGAAUGUGUUGAUAUUGGUGCAUGGCUACCUGUGUCCAAUGAUGUUUGUUUGUAGAAAAAGAUUUGCUCACAGCUUAUGUUCUUACACUGAAUAAAUGAAAGCAGACAUACAGUCAUCUCCUAAAUUAUUGGCACCCUGAAAUAUGCUAAAUAAAUUGGGCAAACUUA